AUGAGCAAGCUAACAGUUGCAGACAAUCCUUAUGGCGCACCUCCAGCUUAUGGAGGUUACCCCGGAUCCAACAAUGCCCCCCCAGGAAUGGCUCCUCCACCUGGUCUAGGACCUCCUCCAGGCAUGUCUUCUGCUCCGGGAAUGGCACCCCCAGGUGUCCAGCAGUCUAGCGCCCAACAAGCUAAUCGUCCAAGCGGCCUUCCACACAACUUCCAAGCGCCUGCAAACAUGCCGAACAUCAACUUCAACGCCCCCGUGAUCCGACUCGGUACGUCUCAGGGCAAGCCUGGUCCCGCAUCGAGCGGUCGUGAUAUGUCUGGUCCCAGCGGUGGACGACCUGGACUGGGAAUGGACCGAGGAAUGGACCGAGACCGAGGUGCAAGGGAAGUGCCCCAAGUGCUUGUUCCCCCUACGAACGAAGAGAAGCUGCGGACGAUCUUUAUACAUCAGAUUCCCGAUGGUGUUGGCGGUGACGAUGGCGUCCAACGAUUGUUGGGAGCUGUUGGAAAACUGCGCAAGUGGGAUUCAGCAACCAGUGUAACAGAUGACCACAAGGGCACCAAGUUUGGUUUUGCUCUAUUUGAGGAUCCCUGGUCGCUUUCCACCGCGGUGAAGCUACUCAACGAACAGCAAAUCGAGGUUCCCGUCAAGCGACAGCAGGUUUCCGCCGAUAGACCCAAGGACGAUAAAUUUGAGGGAAUCGAAAAGACCAAGCUUCAAGUCACGGUCGAUGAGAGCUCACUAAAAUACAUCGAAUCUUACGAGGAGAGUCAGGAUGGUUCUAUCGGAACGGACAAGGUCGAAGCAGCCAGAGCGUCGUUAAAGGAUGUUAUCUACGAUUUGUUCUACCCCACAACCAACACAGCAGCUCAGGAUGUUACUAUGGGCAAUACCGAGUCUGGGGAGAACGUCGAGGUGGUGAACAUUCCUCUCGCACAAGACGAUGAACUUGCAGAUAUCCCCGCCGAGAUGCGAGAAGUCGUUGCACAGGAAAUUGCUGCUUUCCGAGAGCGCAGUACUCAACGGGAUCUUGAACGACUACGAAAGGAGGAAGAAAUGGAGGAGAUGGAACGACGACGAAACGGACCAUCUCGGCCAUCGCGACUUGAUUCACCACCAGCCACAAACAACAUCCCCUUGGGCCCAAGAGGCAGUAUCGCGAAUGCGCCAUCAGGACCUAAGGGCCAGAAUGGUCAAAAUCGCGUCGCCUUCGUAAACGGAGGUAUCUCCAACACAGAUCUUUCCAUUCAUCAGGAAGACGACGACACAGACGCUAGCGAUGGAGAGCUUUACCGACGAUACAAAUCCAAGAAGGAUGAAGAUGACGACAAGGCAUACCUCGAGGCUGAGCGCAAGUGGAGCAACCGAGAGCGAUCAAGACAGGCAGCGAUAGACCGAGAGCGCGAGCGUGAACGCCAGGACGCAGAGUCAUUUGAACGAAGAAAGGAGGAGCAGCUCGAGAGAGAAAAGGCAUGGGAUGAUGAGAAAGAAGCAAGUCGCAAGGCACACCCUUACUAUCGCGAUCACAGCAACUGGGCUCGCAAGAGAGCAGCGGACCGAGCAGAAGAGGAAUCACGAGACGAAGCCGACAGGAGAGCUGAGCAUGAUGAACAGCGUCGCGAGAAGGCUCAGAUGGAACGUGCACGCGGUAUGGCCGACUCGUUCCUUGAUAAGCAAGCCGAAGAGAUGGAGGAGCGAGAAACACCCGUCGCUGCACCACAGCCGUUCAAGCUGUCCCUCGGAGCCGCAGCUCAGAAGGCUCAGGCAUCCAGGGCAGCUCCCCAACGGCGCACCAUCGCAGAGGUGGAGGGUCUUUUGGACGAUGAAGAGGUCGAUACUUCUACUAAGCGUCAAUUGGUCCCUAUUCAAUUCGAUCCUUCAUCUGCUACAGCACACAUGACAGACGAGGAGAUCUCGCAGGCUGUGCGAUCCCUUGCGCAGGAGAUCCCCUCGGACAAGGAUGGUCUUUGGGGAUGGACUGUCAAGUGGGAUUAUAUGGAUGAUGCUGUCGUGAAGGACAAGCUACGACCAUUUGUCGAGAAGAAGAUUGUUGAGUAUCUCGGUGUCCAAGAGGAAAUGCUUGUCGAGGCAGUGGAGGAGCAUCUUCGUGCUCACGGCACAGCAGCCGCUCUGGCGGAAGAACUAGAAGGAGCACUCGACGACGAAGCAGAGGAUCUUGUCAAGAAGCUCUGGCGUAUGGUCAUCUUCUUCACCGAAAGCGAGAAGCGAGGACUACCAGCGUGA